AGGUAGUGGCGGCAAAGGCCUGCAUAGCCGGUGGGAGGCGUGAUGAAUUCCUGAGGAGAGAGCCCGGGCAGGGAGGAAGUGAGGGACAGUACCAUGGAAAAACUCCUCCUGCCCCUUCUUAUGCUCGGCAGCAUGGUGAAAGCUCAGCACUGCCCCGGGCGCUGCAUCUGCCAGAACAUCUCGCCCACCCUGACCAUGCUAUGUGCGAAGACAGGGCUGCUCUUCGUGCCUCCAUCUAUCGACCGGCGCACGGUGGAGCUGCGGCUGACGGACAACUUCAUCACCAUCAUCCGGCGCAAGGACUUCUCCAACAUGACCAACCUGGUGCACCUGACCCUCUCCCGCAACACCAUCAGCCAGGUGAUGCCUUAUGCCUUCGCCGACCUGCGCUCCUUGCGCGCCUUGCACAUGAACAGCAACCGGCUGGCUGCCCUCCGCAACGAACACUUCAAAGGCCUGGGCAACCUCCGGCACCUCAUCCUGGGCAACAACCAGAUCAGCAACAUCCAGCCAGCCUCCUUCAACGAGUUCCUGGCCACCGUGGAGGACCUGGACUUGUCCUAUAACAACCUGGAGACGCUGCCUUGGGAGGCCAUCGGGCAGAUGGUCAGUCUCAACACCCUGACCCUCGAUCACAACCUCAUCGACCACAUCGCCGAGGGCACCUUCUCCCAGCUCCACAAGCUGGUGCGUCUGGACAUGACCUCUAACCGGCUGCAGAAGUUGCCCCCAGACAACCUCUUCCUCCGGGCCCAGGUGCUGGCUAACGUCCGAGGCUCCCACCCAUCCACCCUAACUAUCAGCUUUGGGGGCAACCCCUUGCAUUGCAACUGUGAGCUCCUCUGGCUCCGGCGCCUGACACGGGAGGACGACCUGGAGACAUGCGCCUCUCCCGAGCACCUGAUGGAUAAGUACUUCUGGUCCAUCCCCGAGGAGGAGUUCAUUUGCGAGCCGCCCCUCAUUACACGCCAGUACUCCACCAAGGCCUUCAUCAUGGAGGGCCAGGGUGUCAGCCUCAAGUGCAAGGCGGUAGGAGACCCCGACCCCUCCAUCCACUGGAUUGCGCCCGACGGGAAGCUGAUUCACAACACCACCCGCACCACAGUCUAUGACAAUGGCACACUGGAGGUGCACAUCACCACGCUCAAGGACAACGGGGUCUUCACCUGCAUUGCCUCCAAUGCUGCCGGCGAAGCCACUGCCCCCGUGGAGGUCUGCAUCGUGCCGCUACCGCUGCUGGUCAACAACACGGGCCACAUGAAGGAGCCCGACCCCGGCUCAUCCGACAUCACCACCUCUGCCAAGUCGGGCACCAAUGACACCAAGAACCACCUGGAUAAGAAGAUUGUGGCGGCCGAGCUGAGCUCCACUUCAGUGGUGAUCCACUGGCCCUCGGAACGGCACAUUCCCGGCAUCCGCAUGUACCAGAUUCAGUACAACAGCUCCCUGGACGACUCGCUGGUGUACAGGAUGAUCCCCCCCUCCAGCAGGGCCUUCCUGGUGAACGACCUGGCGGCAGGCCGGGCCUACGACCUGUGUGUGCUGGCCGUCUACGAUGACGGGGUGACGGCGCUGACGGCUACGCGGGUAGUGGGCUGUGUCCAGUUUACCACAGAGGGCGAGACCGCCCAGUGCCAUGCCCUGCACACCCAGUUUCUGGGCGGCACUAUGAUCAUCAUCAUCGGCGGUAUCAUUGUGGCCUCCGUCCUGGUCUUCAUCAUCAUCCUCAUGAUCCGCUACAAGGUCCACAGCGGGCAAGAGGGGCACAAGAAGGCCAAGGUCAGCAACGUCUACUCCCAGACCAACGGAGGGCAGCCCCCAGCCUCCAAGACCACGGAGGACAAAUAUGAGACCUUCCAGGAGGCGGAGCCUAAGGAGGCAGGGCCUGUGGAGGUGGAGCCUAAGGAGGCAGGGCCUAAGGAGGACACACCUACUGCCCCUGAACAGGACAAGCGAGAUCUGAAGCCGGGUGCAGACCUCCAGACUGUGGCCCUGCUGUCCUCAGAGGAGGGCCAGCCCAAGGGCCAGGAAAGGGGGCCAGGCAGCCAGCACCGGGCCACGCUGGGCAGUGUGGGCCUCUUUCCCCGGGAGCUCUCGAGGACUCACCACCACCGUCACUCCUUCGACGGGGACUAUUCUCUGUUUCAGAGCCACAGCUACCCGCGCCGGGCACGGACAAAAAGGCACAUGUCCACGUCCCAGCUGAACACGGAGGACUGCCCACUAAGCCAACGCCGGGUGACCUUCAGCAGUACCGAGUGGAUGCUGGAAAGUACCGUCUGAGACGGGCCCUGGGGGCUGCGGGGGUAGCAAUUUUGUUGGGCCCACGGGGCGCAUGACCCAUCCCACGGGGGCGAGGAGGGAAUGGCUGCAGUUUCACCCACCUGCCCCGGCUGGGGGCCUGCGCUGAUCCUGCUGACUCCGACUCUCUUCCGCUGCGGUGCCUUAAAGAGCGGAGAUGGAAGACAAUGAAAACCAGUCACCCGACAGAUGCACCGGACUGCCCGGCUGCAGGGAGGGGAAGGAGGUGGGGGGGCCCCAGGAUGAGUUUUGAGAGCCUCUUCCAGCCCAUGCGUGCCGGGUAGUUUGGGAAGGGCGGGAGCAGAACUAGCAAAGACACAUGCACAGAUGACACGAAAUUACAAAGAUCCUUUUACCUUGAGUAACUCGUUAUGCAUUAAUAACUGUCCAGGACGGGGGACAGGGCAGUGUUUAGUUCCCAAACAAACCCAUGUCCCCCUCCCCCCAAAGUAUUUCUGGGAAGGAGGCGAUAGGCACCCACUCCCAACACAGACUGAGGGGGCCUAUUUAUUGUAUCUGGCUGGUCUAGAUAAUUUUCUGUGUUCAGUGUAUUCAGUAUUGGAAAAGUCAUCACCCCUUUCCCCUGUUACUCCAAACUGUCCCCUGGUCUAACACCCCGUGCUUGCCCUCCAGCUCCCCAUUCCCCUCGGCUGUGCUCCUUUCUCUCCAGCCUCCUCAGUAUACCCCAUUCCCCAUCCAUCUUGCACAACUUCAGUUGUAC